CUCAUUCAAAGGAACCUUUCACCUAAAUGCACUUGAUAAGCUUAUAAACGUUGCAGGAUAAACGUGUUGAAUGUUUUGGACGCUACACUGUGCCGAGGUGAAUUUCAAGGCGUAUUUGCAGAUUGUCAGGUAAUCAAUGAAGAUGCAUCACUCAAGCCUUCUCGGUUUGUUCAUUCUGUUAUCUGGUCUAUCAGGAUGUUUUGGUGGUAAAGUUCUGGUCGUUCCUGUAGAUGGAAGUCAUUGGAUCAAUAUGAAGGUCCUCAUUGUGGAGUUGCAUUCAAAAGGUCACAAUAUCACUGUGGUCCGAGGUUCAAAUAGCUGGUAUAUUGAAGAAGAGUCUCCUCUCUACACUUCCAUUACUGUAGACAUUGGUGAAUUUGACAGUGACUUUUGGACAAUGUUGCUUCCCCGCUUACUUCAGAUCAAGAGACACGGAAGAUCAUUUUGGUCCGAAAUCGAAAUUGCUCAGGAAAUUUACAGCAGGUUCUCAGAAGUCCACCAGCAAGUGUGCAAUAUGACAGCCAUGAUAUUCGAAAAUGAGAUCUUGAUGAAAUCACUGGAGGAUGAUAAAUAUAACGUCGUUCUGACGGAUCCUGCAUUUGGAGGUGGAGUGUUACUGGCACACCGUCUUGGCCUCCCUCUUGUACUAAAUGUUCGUUGGACCAUGUAUGGAGAAGGUCACUUUGUUGUAGCUCCAUCUCCUCUCUCAUACAUACCUAUACCAGCAUUACAACUAACCGACAAGAUGACAUUCAGUCAAAGAGUCAUGAAUGUGAUGGUUUAUAUGAUUGGUAUUUAUCAAAAUCCCAAAUUCUUUGGUUAUCAUUACCAAGAAUUCUCCCAGAAAUAUUUUGGCCCCGAUGUUGAUUUCUUAUCCCUCCUCCAGAAUGCCGACAUCUGGCUCAUGAGGAAUGAUUUCACUUUUGAGUUUCCACGACCCACAAUGCCAAAUGUUGUCUACAUGGGCGGCUUCCAGUGCAAACCAGCUAAGCCACUUCCAGAUGACCUUGAGGAGUUUGUGCAGAGCUCAGGAGAGCAUGGGGUCAUCAUCAUGACUUUAGGAACUGUUUUUGGUCAGCUUCUGAGUGAAAUCAAUGAUGAGAUUGCUGGAGCUUUUGCUCAACUGCCUCAAAAGGUUAUUUGGAGACACACAGGACCACGACCUGCCAACCUUGGUAAUAACACAUUGAUUGUGGACUGGCUCCCUCAGAAUGACCUGCUUGGACAUCCUCAAACUAAAGUGUUUGUGGCACAUGGAGGCACCAAUGGAGUUCAGGAAGCCAUCUACCAUGGGGUGCCUAUUGUAGGCCUUCCUUUAUCUUUUGACCAACCUGACAAUCUCUCCAGGAUGCAAACAAAGGGAACAGCAAAAAUUGUAGACUUUGCAACUCUGGACAGGAAUGUGUUUCUAGAGGCAUUAAAGGAGGUUUUGCAUAACCCAUCUUACAGGGAGAACAUGCAGAGACUGUCCAGACUGCACCACGACCAGCCAAUGAAACCUCUUGAUCGUGCUGUCUUCUGGAUUGAGUUUGUCAUGAGGAAUAGAGGAGCCCCUCAUUUGAGAACACAGUCUUUCAGAAUGUCCUGGAUUGAGUACCACUGUAUAGAUGUUAUUCUGACUUUAAUGGCAACCAUUUUUAUAUUUGCAUUUGUGAUGGUUUAUAUAAUUAGAUAUUUUUAUCUGAUUUUAUUCAGAAAGAAAGUAAAACGUGAAUGAUGUACUGGCUGGAAAUAUCAGUUCAUUUAAAAUGUUUCCCUGAUUGUUUCCUGACAGCAUGCACUUUUGUGAAUCUUAAAUAAUUUAAAACAUUUUACUAGAUUUAAGAAGCAAUGUUUUGAUCAAAUGCAUGGAACUAAAAGAAUAAUUCAUUAUUCUCUCUGUUGUUUGUUUUAAGCUGCAUUUUUGCUUUUAGUGUACAACAAUCUAUUAGGACUUGCUUCAGACAAAAUAUCAUUCAUACCUAUUAGAGACAGUACAAGGGCUAAAAUUCAUCCCAUAUACAAUAAUUAAUUUCAUUUUUGUGUUUAUGAUUGAGUCAACAAAAUUGCGAAUGACUUCUGUCUAAGCUUAUGCUGAACUCUUAUCUGACAAAGUUUUAUGAACACCAUACAAUAAAGAGGAAUCUGAUCAUGUGUACAUGA